GGCGGGCGGCGCGGCCAAUGGGCGCGGGCGGGCGGUGGAGGGGGCGUGGCCGGCGGUGUUUUGUUCGGUUGCCAUUCAGCAGCCCGGUCCAUACGCGCGGGGGAGGCGGCGCGGCCGCGCAGGAAGCCAGACAUGAUACACUGACAGCAUUUGGAAGUAAACUUUGGCAGUAAGAUGGAAGCAUAAAUCUCAAGAUUCUAGACCAAAACAGAAAUGGCUCAUGAGUAUUAAAAGAAGAGACUGAAGAGCCUCCAACACUUGUGUGAGCAGUGGAAAAGGAACAACUACCAUGGUAACACUAAUAACAGAAAAGCUGCAGAACCAGAGCUUGGAUGAUCUGACCUGUAAAACAUACAAUAUUAAUCUGUACUCAUCUGAGAAGCUGAACAAAAGUGGCAGCUUGUUCCCUUUCGAAAUCAAUGAAGACAGUCCUUGGAAAGCUUUAGCUGGGGGCUACCCGCUGCAGGCGGACACGGGCAGGAGCUCGGCGUACCCGUUCGCGGCGUGCCCGUUCAGCGCGGGCGCCGGCCAUGGCAGCGCGCCGUGGCAGCCGGAGCCCGGCAGCACCGCCAUGGUGUCGGGCUGGAUCAGCGAGCUGAACCUGGCCGAGAACUCGGGCCAGCCGCUGGCGCCGCCCACCAAGCGCCACUGCCGCUCGCUGUCGGAGCCCGACGAGCUGGCCCGCUGCAGGUCGCCCUGGAAGCCCGGCGGCUCCAAGGUUUGGACUCCCGUGUCCAAGAGACGCUGUAACAGCGGCGGCAGCGCUACCUUGCAGCGCUGCAACAGCCACGGAAGUGCCACCUUGCAGAGAAGCACAAGCAUCAGCCUGCCACAGAACAUCCUGUCCCUGAACAACGUCUUCACCGUCACCAGCUUCAACACCUCUCCGGUACCCAGACCUUCCUCCGCCAGCAGCGGGUUUGUGGACAGCAGCGAGGGCAGCACGAGCUCCGGCACCCGCUGGAAUUCCGGGGGCCCUUGUGACUUUAACCCAAGGCGCCGCCUCUCCCUCUCCCAGGAGCACAUCACCGAGACAGGGAACCUCUUGCCUUCAGCCAACAGCACUCCCACCUCCACACCCGAGCUCAGCCGGCGGCAGGGGCUGCUGCGGUGCCGCUCGCAGCCCUGCGUCCUCAACGAGAAGAAGAGCCGGCUGAAGCGCAGACGGGAGGAGGACGUACGAUGGAACAGGCCAUCGUUAGACUUUUUUAAAAUGACACGGACUUUAAAAAAUUCCAAAAGUCUUUGCUCGCUUGACUAUGAAGAUGAUGAUGAUGACACGCAAAUGAAGACAAUUGUGUCAUCCCCAUGUGACUCAAAUGAUCUUAUGAACAUCAUCACCCCUGGCUCCAGCCCGAUGAAAGAGCAGCUGGAUGAAGGGAGGCACCACGGGCCGUGCCAGCGUAGCUUCAGAACGAGGGAUUACAAGCAAGCAGACGCCGUGUGCGAAAGCGACGAGGACACGAGUGAUUGUGAGAGCACUGAGGAAGGAAUCUUCCCUCUAGACUGUGGGGACUUGGACCUAGAGCAGAUUGAAAACAACUGAGACUCCAAGCUGUGUGCUAGAAUCAGAAUUGUUCUAAAUUAAAGUGAUAGAGGAUUACCUUUGCCAUGCAUAAUCCAUGUCCCUGAAUCUCUGUAUUGCCUAUCUUUGGGCUUGUGUAGAAGAAAUGUUUCAGGUGGGGAAAAAACGUGAACCAUUGUUACCUGUUUAGUCUAUUGGUCAAUAUGUGGAUGACAAAAACAACAACAAAAAAAAGUAGGAAGUUAAAUGUUAUUUUGAACAUUAAGGAAUAAUUUUGAUUAAAAAUUUCCUAACAAAUAUUUUGCAUUUUUAUGGCUUUUACAGUUCUGGAGAAAAAGCAUCUCUAUUUUGAAACGAAUUUUCAGAAGGGCAUUCUAUAAAACUAAAUCUGUCUACAGUGAUUCUGGUGCGGGUCUAUGUUGCUUUUGUUAAAGAGCUUAAUGUGAAAAGUGAAUUGCAUAAUGAAUUGGUAAUAAACCUUCAGAUAGAACUCUUAAAUAUCUGGUUGACAACUGGUCCAAAAUACUUAACUGCCAUCUUUGACAGUGUCUGGUUAAAAAACAACUUCAUAACAUGUACAAAUGUUCUUUUCAUACAUUCAGAACUUUUUGAUCAAAAUAUGGUAGUGACCUUAAAGGUUAACAUUUUUCAUUAUUUUACUACUUGAAUUGUUUUCUAGCCUGAAGCAAUGCUAAUUUAGGUGGGCUAAAACUGCAAGUAGCUGCCCACCUACUUGGUCAUUAUGUUUUCUGUGUUUCAAAAGAAUGUACAACAAGAGCACUUGAACUUUUAGACAGGGACUUUGUAAUGAUCAAUUCCCCAGGAGGUGAUCCCUUCAGCAAUACUAGAAGGAAAAUAGUCCUUGAAUUAAAUAAAAUGACAUUUUGCUUUGCA